UAAAUUAAGUACUUCAAUUCCUCAUUACCUCAAUUUGAUCAUUCCAAAAGUUUUUAUUUGGACAAAAUGAGUCCCUUAGCAAUUUUCUUCCUCUUUUUAAUCAACUCAUCAUUAGCAGCAAAUACCAAUAUUUACAAUGUCCAAAAUUAUGGAGCAAAAUCCGAUGGAGAAACUGAUUCAUCAGAAGCCUUUUUGAGUGCCUGGUCAGCAGUCUGUGCUUCUACUAGCUCGUCCACUAUUUACGUGCCACGUGGAAAUUACUUGAUUCGUAAUGCAUACUUCAAUGGCAAACGAUGCCAGAGCAACGCUAUUACUAUACGCAUUGAUGGGACUCUCUUAGCUCCAUCUGAUUAUAAUGCGAUUGGCAAUGAAGAAAAUUGGAUAAAAUUUGAAAAAGUCAAUGGCGUUUCCAUAUAUGGUGGAACCUUUGAUGGUCAAGGUGCUUCUCUUUGGGCUUGCAAGAACUCCGACUACGACGACUGCCCUGAUGGCACUACGGUUCGUUACGUUUUUCAUAAAAAAAAUAUUUUUCAGUAUUUGACAUGAUGAUGAGUAAAAAUUUUAAUUUUACCUUAAAUUUUGGCGCAGGCAUUGAAUUUUUACAAAUCAAACAAUAUUAUAAUGAGUGGAGUAACCGUACAAAAUAGUCAAAAGUUUCAAAUUUCGAUAGACGGAUGUCGUAACGUAAAGCUACAAGGACUGAAGGUAUCAGCUCCAGGAGAUAGUCCCAACACAGAUGGAAUUCAUGUAAAAUUAUCAUCAGGAAUUAGUAUUAUGAAAUCACAAAUUGGUACUGGAGACGAUUGUAUAUCCAUUGGCCCUGGAAAUUCUAACUUAUGGAUUGAAGGCAUUGCUUGUGGCCCUGGCCAUGGAAUAAGGUUUGGAACAUAAAAUUUAUUUUCAUUUUCAUUGAUUUAUCAUUUCAACUAAAAUUUAUGUCGAUAACAUAAUGUUGUUGCAGCAUUGGAAGCUUAGGCUGGAAAAAGCAAGAGUCAGGAGUCCAAAAUGUGACAAUUAAGACUGUGACUUUCAGUGGAACAACAAAUGGUGUGAGAGUUAAAACUUGGGCAAGGCCUAGCAAUGGCUUUGUUAGAAAUGUUCUGUUUCAACAUAUUGUUAUGGUUAAUGUUAAAAAUCCAAUCAUCAUAGAUCAAAAUUAUUGCCCUAACCAUCAAAGUUGUCCUCAUAAGGUAUUGAUUGAGUACAAGUUAAUUAAUUUAUAUAUCAUGUUCCCUUACCUUAGUCUAAUUAUAUUAUUAAUUUUUUUCAUAGGGCUCAGGCGUAAAGAUAAGUGAUGUAACAUAUCAAGAUAUACACGGAACAUCGGCUACAAAAGUUGCAGUGAAAAUUGAUUGCAGCAAAAGAAAUCCAUGUAGCGGCAUAACACUUGAAGAUUUGAAUCUUAGUUACAAUGAUCAUCCGACUAAAGCUUCAUGUAUUAAUGUUAGCGGAAGAGUUUCUGGUUUACAAAAACCUGACAAUUGCUUAUAAAAAAACAUAGAAUAGAUAAUAAUUGAUUUGUAUGAUGCCAUACAUACUUUCACAAAAAUGAAACUGAAAUUGUAAUUAUUUAUCAUUGUUAUGUUAAAAAUUCAAUAUGUUACCUCAUGUAUCAAAUAUUAAUGUUAAAUGAAA